AUGUCGAACCGAUACUCCGUCUUCUCAACCCAGUCCGGGGGUCUCCCUGGCGGACCUCGGCCACAACACGGCGCCCAGGUGUCAACAACAACACUAUUGAAUGCCCUCCACUCGUUUUACAAUGCCGGUCAACCGUACCAACUGGAUUCAGCGACAAGUCUGGUGGUCAACACCUGGGUCACGGCAUCAACCACCUUGCCAGACGGCCGAAAUGGUGUGACGGUCGACCGUGACCUGGCAAUCCGGGCUUGGGAACAUGCCCGGCGCCGAGCAGAGGAUGGCUGCAUCUUUCUAGGUGCCCUACACCAGUCAACUCCAUCACUCCUCGAACCGUUCAUGACAGCAAUUCCGGUCGAAACCCCAGAAGUAGCUCUCAGUGCACUCUCCGCCCUCCGGCCCUUUUUGGCUGCAGUCACCUCUUUCAACCCAUCGUACUCCCUGCACUCAGCGCUAGCGGCAACCUACACUUUGUCGCUGCAGGGAUCUGUUGUUGGCCUCUCAUAUGCCCUGUCCACGUCCGGCAUCAAUGUCAAAAAGGGACUUCUGGACAUCCAGUCCGAAGCUGGCUUCCGCGCAUUCGAUGUUUUCUACUACCUUCUGACAUCCGCGUCUACGGCCGCGGAGCGUGAAUUCUUGGAUUUGAAACAGGCGUCUUCGUAUACAUUACUCAAUCGUUCAAACUCCUAUGACCCUCCCCACUAUCUCCCGGCCGCGGACGAUGCGGCCGCUGCUGAGGAUUUCCGUGCUUCCCUGAAGGCUAUCGGUAUCAAGGGAGCUUCUCAACGUGGACUUCUCUCCGUCCUCGCCGGUCUUCUCAAACUGGGCAAUGCCGCUGGGUUUGAGGCGGAUCAGGAUGAGCUGGAGGAAAUCUGCGAUGAUGCUGGUGGUCUCCUGGGGAUUGAUCCCGAGAUUCUUUUGCACGGAUGCUCAACCGAUGAGCGAGAGGUGCUGAUAGCGGGAAUAUACGAAGCCCUCGUCGAUUGGGUUAUUUCUAAGGCUAACGAAGCAAUUGCGGCUGACGUCCACACUAUGCUUGAGAGUGACCCCAACAAUGGAGGUAUCGAAUGGUCCAAUGUUGACACUGUCAGCCUGACUGUCGUCGACGUUCCCAGACCAGCUCUGGCUAAGGCUAUUGCAAUGCGGGGAAUCUUCGACGAUAGCCUGGGACUCAACGCCGAAAUGAAGGAUGACGGAAUUCCGCUCCCAGCCAUCGGAGGCUCUGUCAUCAGCGAAAUGAACUCUGCCGUAUCUCAAGUCGAGCCUGAUCUUGGUAUCACCACUGGUCUCGCCGGACGAGAACGCGAGCACGAUCUUGACAAACGUCAGGGUGUCUUGGAAAAAGUCGGCGUCGAGCUUGAAGUUGAUGCAUUCUUGCGCCGCAUUCUCUUCCCUGUAGACACCGAAGGCAUCACAGUCGGCAAACGAGGCCGAUUCGAUCUUCCCAACACCCUCAACAGCAGCCGAGUCUGGUACCAUCUUUCUAUUCAUCCAACGGACGACAUGCCCGAGCAGCUUGCCUCUGCGGGAACUUCUGCUUGGUCCGCAGGCGCUGUUUCCCGUCAGCUGCGAGACUGGCGUCUCCCGGAAUGGGCCAACCGUCGCCUCAAGCAACUUGAUUUCACUGCCGACUUUGACGUUGAAGAGUUCGUGGGUCGGUACUCACGUCUUGGAUGCGUCGAUGGUCAAGAUGGAGUUGAGAACUGGAUCAUCGAACGCGGUUGGAGCAACGGCGAUGCUGUCGUCGGAGAUCAACGUGUGUGGAUGCGAGAAGGCGCUUGGUGGGAAGCAGAGAGCAUGUUGGACCUCAAGCCGGAAGACACUCACAUCAAUCCCUUCAUGUAUGGCCCGGCCAUGUACGAGACGGGCUACACCCCUGACGGAACCCCCGUUCAUGAAUCGACAAACCUCCUCGGCAUGCCGCCUUCCGGUCCCAUGGCUCCAAGUGUGAUGGGUGGUGCCAAGUCCAUUGCACCCAGUGCUCCAAUCACUAAUGCCAAUGUUGGUGACUAUGGAUUGGGUCGCAAGGGUGAUGACAACAAAGGUGAUAUCGCAUACUACGACGAGUAUGGUAACUACGUCGGCGAGUUCGAUCCUGAGUUCGGUGACACCAAGCGCAUUGAGAAGAAGACCAUCAGCGCUGGCCGCCGUAUCUGGGCCGGUUUUGUCUGGGCAAUGACGUUCUGGAUUCCAUCCUUCGUGCUUCAGUACAUUGGUCGUAUGAAGCGUCCAGAUAUUCGUCUUGCCUGGCGCGAGAAGUUUGUCCUUGUCUUCUUGAUUCUUUUCUUCAACGCCCUUGUCUGCUUCUACAUCAUUGCUUUCGGAGACCUUCUAUGUCCGAACAAGGACAAGGUAUGGAACAGCAAAGAAGUUGGCUGGCAUACAGGAGACGACGAUUUCUUCGUCAGCAUUCACGGUCGUGUAUAUGAUAUCAGCAAGUUCUGGCGCACGCAGCACAGUGACAUCACGGGCGAGGAUACCAGUUCCUCCAACAUGGAGCCAUUCGCUGGUACAAACCUGGACGCUUACUUCCCCCCUCCUCUCAGCCGUUAUUGCUCCUCGUUCGUCAAGGACUCGAGCAUGAAAUUGUCCAACAACGAUACCAACGCUAUCUUGUACCCUACGGCUGAUCACAGUUCCGGCAAAAAUGCCCUUGUUUCCACCUCUGCUCUUGGCAAGGAGACUUGGUAUGAGAACAAGUUUCUGCCAAAGAUCAGGACAUACUACAAGGGUGAUCUAGUCUGGACCAAGGGCACCAUCAAAAAGCAGGCCAAUGAGGAUUCUCGUUAUUGGGUCAUCAAAGACCAAAAGGUGUAUGAUCUGACGAACUACUUCUACACGGUCAAAAAGAUGAACAAUCUUGAUUCUUACAGCUGGCUACCGUCGUCUUUGACUACAUUGUUCAAGGAUAACAUGGGUGAAGAUGUCACUGACAAGUGGCAAGAUACGGACGACUUCAAAAACGCUCAAACCUGCCUCGAUUACGUCUUUUACGUGGGCAAAGUUGAUUUCCGUGAAACCCCCCGGUGCACUGUGAACAACUGGAUUUUGCUCUCCUUCACCAUCCUGAUUUGUGCCGUGGUUUUGGUGAAGUUCCUCGCAGCCUUGCAGCUCGGUUCGAAACGCCGCCCUACCCCCCAGGAUAAGUUCGUUAUUUGCAUGGUUCCUGCAUACACUGAGGGUGAAAAUGAUCUUCGCAAGGGUCUCGACUCCCUGACUGCCUUGCAGUACGACAACAAGCGCAAGCUCAUCUUUGUUAUCUGUGAUGGUAUGAUUGUCGGUGGUGGAAACGAUCGUCCCACUCCCAAGAUUGUUUUGGACAUCCUCGGAGUUGAUCCCAAGAUGGAUCCUCCCGCCUUGCCAUGCAAGUCUCUCGGACAAGGAAGUGAUCAACUCAACUACGGAAAGGUCUUCUCCGGCCUUUACGAAUAUGAGGGCAAUGUGGUGCCCUACAUCGUCGUCGUCAAGGUCGGUAAGGAAUCCGAACAGCGUAAAUCGAAGCCUGGCAACCGCGGUAAGCGAGACACGCAGGUUCUUCUCAUGCAAUUCUUGAACCGUGUCCACCACCGCUCACCGAUGUCGCCCCUCGAGUUGGAGAUGUUCCACCAAAUCAACAACGUCAUCGGUGUUGAUCCAGAGCUGUAUGAGUAUUGUCUCAUGGUCGAUGCCGAUACUACCGUCAGAGAGGAUUCUCUCAAUCGCUUGGUUGCUGCUUGUGCUGCAGAUGCAAAGAUCGCCGGUAUUUGUGGUGAGACUAGUCUUCAGAACGAGGAAGGCAGUUGGUGGACUAUGAUUCAGGUCUACGAGUACUACAUUUCCCACCACCUUGCCAAGGCCUUCGAAUCCCUCUUUGGCAGUGUUACCUGUCUUCCUGGUUGUUUCACGAUGUAUCGACUUCGAACUGCAGACAAGGGACGACCUCUUAUCAUCUCCGACAAGGUCAUUCAUGAUUAUGCUGAUAAUGAUGUUGAUACUCUCCACAAGAAGAACCUUCUUUCUUUGGGUGAGGAUCGAUACCUGACAACCAUCAUGACCAAGCACUUCCCCGCCAUGUCAUACAAGUUCAUUCCCGAUGCGUACGCCAGCACAGCUGCUCCCGAGGCAUGGAGUGUCCUGCUGUCCCAGAGACGUCGCUGGAUUAACUCGACAAUCCAUAAUCUGGUGGAGCUGGCUGCACUUGAAGAUCUCUGUGGUUUCUGUUGUUUCAGCAUGCGUUUCGUCGUUCUCGUCGAUCUGCUGGGAACCAUUAUCCUCCCUGCUACUUGCGUUUAUCUCACCUACCUGAUUUACCGCGUGGCUAGUCACACAGGUCCAUUCCCAAUGAUUUCAAUCAUCAUGUUGGCUGGUGUGUAUGGUCUGCAGGCGAUCAUUUUCAUCGUCAAGCGCCAGUGGCAACACAUUGGAUGGAUGAUCAUCUAUCUCCUCGCGUACCCCAUCUACAACUUCAUCCUUCCUCUCUAUGCUUUCUGGAAACAGGACGAUUUCACUUGGGGUAAUACCCGUGUCGUUAUCGGUGAGAAGGGUGACAAGCGAGUCAUCGCCGUGGAAGAUGAGGUCUUCGACCCACGCAGCAUUCCCCUCCAACGCUGGGAUGAUUAUGCCCUGGCGAACAACCUCCCAGGUCGUCGUGGCGACCUCGGCAUCAGCACAGAGAAACUCUACGCUACCGGCCACUACGAUGAUGCGGCGAUGGAAAUGGAUGACAUGCACUCCCAGUACUCAUCUGUCAAGCCCGCUUCCACCAUCCUGACCGGCUUCCCCGGCCAUGGCCGCCACCACCCCUACAUGCCCCCUCAGUCCCCCGCGCCAUUUAACGUCCCUGGCAACCGCAACUCCCACAUGUCAAACUUCUCCCGCUACACGGACAUGCCCCAGAUGGGUCCUCAGAUGGGCCAUUCCGCCAAUGCCUCCCGGCACAUGUCUAUGGGUGGUCUGAGCGCAUACCAGGACAACCCUGCCCACGCAAGCAGACACAGUAUCGGCCUGAUGCAGAGCAGCGAGAAUCUUCUCGCCAACAACCGCUCCCGCAGUCCCCUGGCUCAAUACCCGGCUCGCCCUGCGAGCACAGCCCUCGACUUCCGUGUUGGUGGUGGUCCGGACGAGAUGGCCAUUACCGAGGCCAUCCGCGGCUGUCUGGCCGAGGUUGAUCUAGACACCGUCACCAAAAAGCAGGUCCGCGUUCUUGUCGAGCAACGCCUGCAAACCACUCUUGUGGGCGAAAAACGAGCCUUCCUCGACCGCCAGAUCGAUCAGGAAUUGGCUAACAUGUGA